UGAGAAGGUGGUGCCUUGGGUACUCUUGAUAACUAACAGCUCCAGAGUUUUGUACAUUCUGCCUGUCUUCAUGUGGGUUUCCUCCAGGUUCACCAGUUUCCUCCCACUGUACAAAAACAGUUUGUGAAGAGGAGGAGGGGGUGUCAGAUGGCCGGGUUCAUUUCCGGAUAAUUCUCUGCUGUCAGGAGACAUCAAUAUGGCAGUGCCAGAGGCCUCCUGGGAAGGAGCAGGUGCUCAGUGUUCUAAUAAUAAAGGAGGAGGCCACUGAAACAAGAACUGAUCACUGACCAGAGAUCUUUUCAGCACUCUCCCUUGGAUAAAUUAAACAGGAUCGGCAGGAACGGCAGAACUCUAUUGUGGUUUUGGUUGAAAACCAUAUCGUGUGUGCUCCUGCACGCUCAACGAGCACACAAGGUAAACUGACUGCCAUUUAAGUGCUACCCACUACAGUCCAGCUUGAUCGGUGCAGUCCCGCAUCACGUGACCUCAUGUUAUCCUGGUGCAAGCUGCGCGCUGAGGUUUAAUGUGAAUGCACUCGACACCUCUGUCAUUGGCCAUGGCUUUGCUAAGAAGUCUUUAUCUUUUUGAGAUCCUUGCCUUGCAGCUGGUGUUACUUUUCAGCGUGCUGUCUGCUUAUGUUUAUGAAAUGCCAGAAGCGCGCGUAAUUACAGAUGUGCCCAAGCAGCGCACACUGAAUGACGCGCUCCAGGUCCGAGAUGUUGGGCGUCAUGUAGUGCGCACAAAAGCGCCGCGCUUUAUGAUGGAGCUGUACGAGGAACAUCUCAGAAACCCUGCGACUUUGCAGGAUAACAUCGUGAGGAGCUUCGCAGCGCAAUCAAAUGGCGCGUUUCACUUUUUUAACCUGACAUCAUUUGGUCACCGAGAGAUCAUAACAAAAGCAGAAUUCCGGUGGUUUCGGCGCGCGCACGCGGUUUUACCUGGACAUCACUUUUACAGAGUGGAUUUGUAUGAAGUGCUGGAGAGCAAAGUGAAACCCUGGCGAGGAAAUCUGAUCCUGUCACGUUUACUGUCUAUGUACACUGAAGGAUGGGAAGUGUUUAACAUCACACAGACGGUCACCAAGUGGAUUCUCAACAGCAGCACAAAUAAUGGCAUCUUGGUUGUUGCAACUUUAAAUUCGGGACACUGGUUGGAGACGUAUGUACAAAGUGCGAGAGAAACAAGUUAUGAGGAAAAUGAUGCCUAUUUGGUUGUCUACUCAAAUGAUGGUCGAAGAAGAAGCUCUGGUAAAGGUGAAGGAGUUUCCACAUCAGGUCAGAACACCGGCUUGCCCUUCGAGUUCCUCGAGUUCAAAAGCUCCCUCCAGGCUGUUGUGCGAAAGCGCAGGAGUACACAUAAAAGGGCAUCUGAAAAUGAGCAAGUUGUAAAUUGUCAAAGAACACCUCUAUAUGUGGACUUUGUAAAACUUGGUUGGGCCGGAUGGGUAAUAUCACCAAGAGGCUACAACGCAUAUCACUGCAGUGGGUCCUGUCCAUUUCCACUCAGUGGAAGUUUACAUCCAACCAAUCAUGCCAUUGUGCAAUCCAUAGUAAACACAUUAAAACUGUCCAGCAAAGUGGGAAGGCCAUGCUGCGUACCAGACAACCUUCAACCUAUAAGUCUGUUGUACUUUGACGAUGAUGAAAAUGUUGUUCUCAAACAAUAUGACGACAUGGUGGCAGGCAGCUGUGGCUGUCACUGAAUGCACUACUGUACAUCAUCAUGUGUAGAUUUUUAAUAUAUUCCAUAGGGAGUAAUAUAAGCGAAUAAAGGGCAACACAAAACGUUAUCAUGAUAUUUGUGUUAACCCCCAAAAAAUCUGUGAGUACAGUUAUUUACAGAAUUAUUUUUUAUUUUUAAUGGUAAGGUAAAAACAGAUUCUGGAUGUAUUUCCCUGAUUACCACUUCAUUAGGAACACCUGUACAUCUAAUCAGCCAAUCAUGUGGCAGCAGCUUCAGCUAAUGCUCACAUUAAAUAUUAGAAUAUAGAAACAGUGUGAUUUUAGUGUGAUUGAACAGAGGCAUUGAUGUUGGUGCAAACUCUAGAGACUGUUGUGUGUGAAACAACUGUUGUCUGUUAACAACAAUCAUGUCACAAUUAAAUUCACACAGAUCAGAUUUUUUUUAAUGUGAACUGAAAAUCUUGACAUGACAGCAUGGUUUAUUCAUUGGGAUGGCAUGAGUGUACUACAUGAGUGUACACAUGUUCCUAAUAAAGUGGACAGUGUGCAUAUAUAUAAAAAAAAAUCAUUUGGACUGAAUUAGCAUGUUAUAACAAAACUAGGAACACCUGUUUUUUUUCUUUUCUUUUUGUCGAAGUCAAAGAUUCAGGGGUGAUAAAAACCAAUAAUGGAUAUGGGUACCAAUUUUCACCAAUGGAUGCCAGUUUUCACCGCAAGGGGUCACUAAUGCCUGGAAAUGAUCUCCAUUGAAAAAGUUUACCCCAUUGUCUGAACAAUAGUUUAUAACGUAUUUUGGCAUUGGAAUGGCUAAGUUUAGCGGGAUAUUAUACUUUUGUUGUACAGAUUAAAUUCAUGUGAUU